UUCUGCGUUUCUCGAGAGGGGUAGCUCGAAGAAACCCUGAUAGAGAUCUUGCGCUGUAGCAGCGCGUUGAAACUGGUCUCUCUAUCUCCCCGCUCCCUCUUCUUCUCUUCGACCUGGAUAUGGAGGCGUUGUGCCAAACCGAGAGUGGUGGAGGUUCAGCUCUCUGCUCCAUAAUGGAAUUGCUCGUGGUUGAGAUUGUUUUGGCUGCGGAAAGGUCUCUCCUUUUGCUUCUUCUGGAGGUUGGAUCUUUGUCAAGUCAAACUGGGCCACUGGAUGAAGGGUAUGAAGGGGUUUACAGGUUACUUCGAGGCGGUAAACAAGAAGUUGUACCGGAGAACAAGGAUGAUGGUGACUCAGAUGAUGAUAAUGAUGAUGAGGAUGACAACAACGAGGAUGGAGAUGAUCAGGAUGAUGGAGGCGAAGAUGAUUUCUCCGGUGAGGAAAAUGAUAACGAGGGGGACGAAGAAGCUGAUGACCCUGAGGGCAACGGUGGAGGAGGAAGCGAAGAGGAUGACGACGAUGACGACGACGACGACGAUGAUGAUGACGAUGAUGAAGACGACGAGGAGGGUGAGGAAGACGAAGACGAUGAAGAGGAUGAGGAGCUUCCUCAGCCACCUGCCAAGAAGAGGAAGUGAGGCACCGGAUAUUACGUCUGGUCCUUGUAGUUUAAUUUCAUUUCAUUUGAGGCUAGUGUUGGUUAGGUAAUAGCAGUAUGGAGAGUCGGGAGUAGGACUUCAUACAUCAGGUAAAGAGGGAUGACUCCCUCUGAUUGAAUUCAAGUUCUCAUGUGUGUUUUCGUCGUAAACAUAAUACUGGCAGUCGACAUUGGAUAUAUUUAAGCUCAUUCAUUAACAAAACUUCUCAAGAGUAUCCGCUCCG